AUGGGACGGUGGUUCGCAAAGUACUUUCUGGGACGAAAGUUUGAGGUGAUCGGGUACGACUCGGAGAGCGACAUUCCAGAAAAAGCGGUAACCCAAGCCCAGUCCUUAGUGGGUGCCAUCCUCAAGGCAGACUAUGUGCUGUUGUGCACUCCCACGCGGAGGACUCCUGAGAUCAUACGGCUGAUAGCAAAGGAGAUGAAGCGGGGGGCAUACCUUAUCGAGAUAUCCUCCCAAAAAUCAAAGACGAUAUCUGCGCUCUCCAAGAUUCCUGCCAAGAUCAGCCCCAUCUGUGUUCAUCCCAUGUUUGGCCCCGGCAUCAGAUCCAUCAAGAACCAGAAUAUAAUAUCGAUUCCAGUCAAGGACGGAAAGAAGGAGCUGGAGGUAGCAAAGAUGCUCUUUGCAGGGGCCAGCUUUGUAACCAUCAACGCCAACGAGCACGACAAAAAGAUGGCAAUGGUGCUGGGCCUGACACAUCUUGUGAACGUGAUCUUCUGCAGCAUAGUGUCAAAGGACGACAAGACAACACUGACAGAGAAGAUGUCCGGGGGCACGUUCCGGGCCCAGAAGAUCCUGGCAGAGAGUAUUAUGACGCAGUCGCCGGAUCUCAUCGAGACCAUAGUGUCAAAUCCGGAGAUACGCAGGUUUGCCGACGAGCUCUGGAAGGACGUGGGCAGGCUACUGACGGCGGUGCAGGAGAACAAGACCGAGGAGAUCUCAAAGUAUAUCGUGGCGUGCCAGGAGAGGCUGGCUGUCAGCGCAGACAUAGACGAUUCGUACAAGAAGCACAUAAAGAUGAUAUCCUCGAUAGAGUAG